CAAAAGAUUGUUUGGAAUUCCGCAAUGUUUGGAACUUAGACCUAUUCACGCGAUGUAUAUUUUGGUUGUUGCAAAAAGCAUAUCGAGGUCUCUGACUCACUUGUUCAUCCCGACUAUCUUGUCCAAAAACAAUUACACUUUGAAGGACAUUGUGUACAGUUAUUACAUUGUGGUUCAGCUUGCAGAUAUGGCAGUAAUUUAUCCAUGCAUCUAUAUUAUAAGACGUUUUGGGCUUCAUAUUGGGUUCAUCAUCGCAGCGCUGUCUUCUACGUUACAUUUGUGGACGGUUUUCAACGUUUCCAAAUUAUCCAUUUACAUUUCUGCUGUUAUUUUUGGCAUCAGCGAAGGUUUUUAUUGGACUUCGCAUCACACGUGCCUCAUAAUUAGCUCGCGCAUUUCAUUGCAAAAGAGCAUCAAAGCGCCUUAUGGAAAGAACCUGUCCUUGAUUAAGAUAUGUUCGAAGCUCGGCAGUGUGAUUGGGCCUUUCAUUGGUGGGUUGCUUCUAAGCAAUUCUUAUGACAUGUAUUUGAUGUUUUUGAGCUCUGCGAUCACCAUUUCGUCUACUAUUCCUUUGAUCUAUUUUUGCGCCCAUUUGAAAAAUCAGUUAUUGUUCGAAUAUAUUGACGUUCGCAAAAGUGGCGAAUCCCGUACGAAAUCGCUCAAAGAACAUUCGCGCAAUUCGAUAUCAUUGAUUUCCUGUGGUGUCAACAAGAUGCUCGCAACGACUAUUUGGCCUUUCUAUUGUGCAACUUCUUUCUUUAAUUCUAAGUUUUCCAUUAUCGGCAACUGGAAAAGUGUCACCACCAUGAUUUCCAUCCUUCUUAUCUUUUUCCUUGGAAGGAUCACCGAUUCCAUACAUCGGAAAAAUUUGCUAUUUGUCGGGUCUUUCGCCACCGCUUGCAUUUGGAUAUUGAGAAGCUUUUCAACGAAGCUUUGGCACAUCGGCGUCAGCGACAUGUUGUACGGCUGGGCGGCCUCUUUGUUAAACAUACCUUUUUUUGCCGAUGUCUACGAUCGCGCGGAUUAUUCAGAGUUGCUGAAAUGCGUGUUCAUACAAGAGUUGGAUACAGAAACAGGAGGAAUCAUCGCAUGGCUGUUAGCUGGACAACUGUUUGACAAGAAAUUCCACACCCUAAAACCGCUCUUUUUAUUGGGUGUUUUGACGUCCAUCACCCAGUGUAUUUACACUUAA